UUCGCACGGAUUUAAUGACAUCCAGGCAGAUGCACCGAGGUGAUUUGUGCAAUACCGAGCAAAGCCCCAAAGCUCCGUUUCGUCCAGCUUGUUUUUGCUGAAGCGAAACGUCCAGCGCAUAUACGGCCUUUCCGCGAACAAAAUUGCCAUCAGUUUAUCAGGGUGACUGUCAGUUCUGGAUGUAAUUUUCUACGUUAACGAUCGUCGCUGAGUUGUAUAAGCAUCGAUGAGUUAUUUAUUUAAAAUGCGGUGCAAACUGAAAUGCACCUCCAUGGUGUCUGAAUGGGGAGCCGAACAAAGCGGUUUGUUUACCACGUUUGCUCCCGGUCUUGUGCUUCUGUCGCCGCUAGAGGCUUGGAGUGCUUUAGCCAAAGGUUUCCGUCUCGGAACUGCUGACACCGGACCUGCUGUGUACGUUAAAGCCGAAAGUGCCACUCCCCGUUAAGCACCAUGGCAGUGUCACCAUUGCCAGGGCUCUUGCUGAUAGCUCUUGUACCAGUGCUGCUGUUGUGCUGGGCUGGUCCGUGUGAUGGGAUUCCUGACCCCCAUAUGAGAGACAUCCUAAAGCAGCAGGAGGCCUCCUGGCAGAUAGGGGGCAGAGAGCUGCUGACGGAGAAGGAGAGGCAACUCAACGCUCAGCUUCAAAAACUGAAAGAGCAGGAAAUCGCCGGGCCGCAGUUCCCUCCCGCUAUGCACUUUUUCAAAGCGCGGCCACUGAUACAGCGCAGUCCGGUCUUCAGCUUGCUGAGGAAGAUGCCCAAAGGAGCAGCUCUGCACAUUCAUGACUUCGCCCUGGUUGAUGUGGAAUGGCUGGUGAAGAACGUCACCUACAGGCCGCACUGCUACAUCUGUGUGACCGAGGAUAGCUCUGUACGCUUCCGCUUCUCCAGCCAGCAGCCCCUUCCCUACCCACAGUGCUCCCCCUGGGUGCUGCUGGAGAUUCUGAGAAAGCAGCUAGAAAAUACCACUGACCUUGACAACAGUUUGAUGAGGAACCUCACCCUGGUGACUGCAGACCCCGAUUCUGCGUACCCCAGCCAGGAUGCGGUGUGGAAGAAGUUUGAGCUGGUUUUCAUGGUGGCCAUGGGCCUCGUAACUCAUGCCCCCGUGUUCAAAGAUUAUUUCUAUCAGGGCCUGCAGACGCUUUACAAGGACAACAUCAUGUACCUAGAGCUGAGGGCUCUGCUGCCUGAGAUCUAUGAGCUCGACGGCAGCACACAUGACCGAGCCUGGUGCCUCCACACCUAUCAGGACGUGGCCCAGCAGUUUGCGUCUCAGCAUCCAGACUUCCUGGGCGUUCGCAUCAUCUUCACCGUUCACCGGAGUGUAAACCUCACUACAGUCAAAGAUGCUGUGCAGGAGGCCAUGUACCUCCAGAAGGUCUUUCCAGACACCAUGGCAGGAUUCGACCUGGUGGGCCGUGAGGACAGCGGCAGGCCCCUGUGGUACUUCAGGGAGGCCCUGUCUCUUCCAGAGCACCUUGGAGUCACCCUGCCCUACUUCUUCCACGCAGGAGAGACCAACCAGGCGGGCACAGAGGUGGACGGGAAUAUGCUCGACGCCCUGCUGUUUAACACCUCUCGCAUUGGCCAUGGCUUUGCUAUGGCUCACCACCCGAUGGCGAAGGAGCUCUCCAGGAAGAUGGGGGUGGCUGUGGAGGUGUGUCCCAUUUCCAACCAGGUUCUGAAGCUGGUCUCAGAUCUGCGGAACCACCCUGCCGGCACGCUGAUGUCUGAGGGACAUCCUCUGGUGAUCAGCUCUGAUGACCCAGCCCUAUUCGGGGCUACUGGGCUCUCGUAUGAUUUUUACGAGGCUUUCAUGGGCAUCGGUGGGAUGAGCUCCCACCUGGGCACCCUCAAAGACCUGGCCUUCAAUUCCCUCUGGUACAGCUCCCUGUCUCCUCAGCUGAAGGAAAAAGCGCUGAAGAUCUGGAGGACAAAGUGGGAUGAGUUCAUCUCCCAGAAUUCCAUGUAGAGUGGGAUCACUCCAGCUCAUCGUUGCUAUUCCAGGGAACGGCAUGGAUCUCUGUUACUCCAUAAUGUCCAUAAUGGCUCAUAGGACUCCAUAGUUACACUACAAACAGUGAUAGUGAAUGAUGAAUCUGUCUCUCAAAGACAGGGAUCCAUGUCAGACACAGUGGCAUAAGAGUAGAUUCUAUCCAUUGAUCAUCUAAGCACUUAUCCUGGACAGAGUCUUGAGGGACCCUUAGUCUGUCUCAGGCAGCACUGGGUACAAGACUGGGCUGCAACCAGUGGGGUGACUUAGAAAUGCCGGGUUAGCCAGAUGGCAUGUGUUCAUACUGCGGGAGAAAACUGGAACACCCAGAGGAACAUGGGGAGAAGGUGCAAGCUCUACACGCACAGAGCAGAAAUGGGAUUUGACCCCACUACCCUUCAGGUGUGAAGAAACGGCGAAAUCUAACCAGAUACCUGGGACUAGAUUUUACUUUCUCCACAUGAGUUCUACAUUGAAAUGUUCGGUGAAGGAAAUGCACAAUGUCCACAAACGCAGCACGACAUUUUUGGUAGAAUUUUUUUAACGAUGAAAAGUUGAGGUACAGAUUUAAGUGGUUUUUGAUACUUUCUAAAUUUGUUUGAUUUUAGUCAUUUGCAACCUACUGAAGUCUGGUGAAUGUGCAAUUUUUUUAAAUGAAAUGCGAUAGUGUGUGUUCACUGAGCCGAUUCCACUAAAUUCUGAAAUUUCUCAAUAUCCAAUAGGCAUCCAAUGUGUCCAGUUAAACUGCCUCUGUGCUCUCAUAGAAAAACAGUGUAAUUUUCUACGUGGAAUUUUGGAUAUUAACUAUAUUUUUCUAAACUUCAGCAAAAAUGUAACUUUCGUUGUCUGGGUAUGUGUAGUUCAGUGUUUUUAACAUUAGCUUGUGUACUUUGGAUGAUUAGUGAUUCAUCAUGAUUAGUAUGCAUUGCUGGUUGUGUAUCAAAUUGUGCUGAAUAAUGACAAAAAAAAUUAAUUCAUGUGACUUUAAACUUGUAUUUUGAUCAUUGAUGCUCAUUCAUGGGUAAGGAGGUGAGUCCCACGAUCCAGUCCUAAUAAUAUCCCCGGGGGGGUGGCGAUAAGGAGUAAGAGGAGGGGAUCAAACGUUUUUAGACACGAAAGGUGAAAAAUGACAUUUAUAUAGUUCUUUUUAUGCUUAGUGCUGUGUGUGUAUCACCAAUGAGCCUUUUUCCCUGGGGGCUGGACAGCAAAGAAAGCAGAUUGAACUACCAUAGACCCAUUGUUCUGUUUCACAGAAACACCUAAAUAAAGUGUUUUUUGUAUGGC